AUGGGCUGCGCCUUCUCCUACAGCAUGUGCUGCUCGCAGCCGUUCCCGACGGACGACGACGACGGUAUGGCGCACGAGAAGCAGGCGCCGAUGCGCCGCAAGACGUUCUUCCGCAGCAACAGCUUCAAGUCGGGCGUGCUCAUCAAGCCCGAUCGGCUCACGACGCUCGAGGUCACGCUGCGCCGCGUCGAGGUCGAAGAGAGCGACGCCAACGACAACGACGACGACGACGACGAUGAACAUGCCAGCGCGAUCGACCCCGAGACGCUCGACAUUUGCACGGCGCCCAACGUCUAUGUCGGCGGCGGGAUUCCUGGCGUCGCUGUCGAUGAGUUUACUAUCGAGCUGCCCAAGUACACGGGGCAGACCCCCGGGGGUCUCUACUCGGUCUCGAAAGGGCUCUGGUGGGGCUCCCGGACGCGCGCCGGCAACGAUUCCAUGGGCCGCCGCAAGGAGAACCAAGACUCGUUUGUGAUCCGCGACAGGUUUGCCGACUGCGACGCGCUCACGUUUGUGUGUGUCAUGGACGGCCAUGGCUCGCAAGGCGCGUACGUCAGCCACUUUGUCCGCGAUCACUACCCGCAGCACGUGGCCGACGCGUGGCAGCGCUACGUGCCAGCGCUGACGCAGGAGACGCCUUUGACGCUCGAUGUCAUCGAAGAUGUAUUCCUCGAAGCGUCAUGCCGCAUGACGACGCAGCUCGAGGAAGAGAGCGGCCUCGACAUUAGCGUGAGCGGGUCGACCGCGGUCGCGCUCCUGCUCGUGACGCCGACGCCCGAGAUGCCACACCUGGCGCCGCAUGUAUUUAUUGCCAACGUGGGCGACAGCCGCGCCGUCGCCGGUGUGCUUGACGAAGCGUCACACGAGUAUACGACCCACACGCUAUCGGUCGACCACAAGCCAGAUGUCCCCGCCGAGCUUAGCCGUAUCUUGGCCACGAAUGGCCGUGUGUUUGAGUGGGGCGUCCCGCGCGUCUGGCUCAAGGACGUCGACAUGCCGGGGCUGGCUAUGUCGCGGUCGUUUGGCGACUCGGUCGCCACGUCGGUCGGCGUCAUCUCGGACCCCGACUGCUCGGAACUAGAUGUGCCGGCUUGCGCGACGCGGGCCCGGGCCUUUGUGGUCGUGGCCUCGGACGGUCUCUGGGAGUUUUUACCGUCUGAGCAAGUCGUCGCGCUCUGUACAAAGUGCCUCCAGGACGGGUACGACCCGCAGACAAUGUGUGAUAUGCUUGUCGCUGAAGCGCUGGAGCGCUGGCUCGACGAAGAAGACGUUGUCGACGACAUUACGGUCAACGUCCUCGUGUUUCCGUAA